AUGGAAGGUUACUUCGCUGUUGAAGCAAAACCAAGAAGCUGGAAAAAAGGCUUAGUCCCUCCCUCCGUGAGCGAACAAAACCAUUAGAAAAAUCCCUAUUUUUUGCCCAAAACCCACCCGUCCUCCGUGAGUGAACAAACAUUUUUUUAUGGAAGAAAAAUUUUGAUAUAUAAGUGAUAAUUAGUAUAAUGAAACUCGGCUAAUUCUGUUUAAUUUUAAACAAAUUGCCUUUUACACACAAAUUUUACAAAUUAAAUUAAUAUUUGCUUUCAAAUUUUUGCGAAGUGGAAAUUUUUAAAUUUCGAUUUCUAUAAAAAUUUAUAUAUAAAUGUUUUUAAAAAAAAAAAAUUAACCCCCUCCGUGAGCGAACAAGAUUUUUUAGAUCGCUCUCGGAGGGGGAGAGGUAGCUAUUUUUGGAGCACUUGCAAUUAUAGGUACAAUUGCAGCUCUUGCUGCAUUUUCAGCCCAAAAACAAGUUCCACUUGCUUUAGCCCAAAUUGAACUUGAAGAGGGAGAAUUCAAGUCCUUCAUGGCAUUUUACAAUAAACAAUACUCCACUGAAGAAGAAUAUCAAAGACGCUUCAGAAUUUUCCGCGACAACGCGGCAUAUGCCAGAGUUUUCAAUACACUUGGCGAGACUUACUUACUCGGGAUAAAUGAAUUUUCAGACUUAACAGCUAAAGAAUUUUCAGAUAGAGUCUCAAGACCUUUUGACCAUUCAAAAGUGACUAAAAACGUAAAAUGGAUUGAAUCACUUUCAAUUCCUUCCUCAAUCGAUUGGACUCAACAAGGAGCUGUAACUCCAGUCUUAAAUCAAGGACAAUGUGGAAGCUGCUGGUCUUUUUCAGCUGCUGGGGCUAUUGAAGGAAUUUGGAAGAUUUCUAGGGGUAUACUUAUAGCUGUCUCAGAACAGCAAUUGAUUGAUUGCUCAACACUUUAUGGAAAUAAAGGAUGCGAAGGUGGAACUGUGAAUUAUGCUUUCGAAUAUGUCAUAAAGAAUGGUGGCAUUACAAGCUCUUCAAACUAUCCAUACAUUGGUAAGCAAGGAACUUGCAAGAAUUAUUUGGCUUCUCAAAAAUUUGUAGCUAUUUCUUCAUAUGCAAAUGUGCCUGCAAAUAACGUUGAUCAACUAUACAAGGCAGUAGCCCAACAGCCUGUUUCAGUAGCAGUUGAUGCCGGCCAAGCCUUCUGGCAAAGCUACAAGUCAGGGAUUGUUAGCAGUGGAUGCGGAACCCAACUUGACCACUCAGUUUUAAUUGUUGGAUACAACCAAACUAACUGGCAACCAUACUGGAAAGUUAAGAACUCAUGGGGAGCAUUUUGGGGAGAGGCUGGAUAUAUUAGAAUUGCUGUUGUAAAUGGCAAAGGAGCUUGCGGCAUCCAAAUGAUGCCUUCAUAUCCAAUUUUUUAA